AUGGAAGAGUUAUGGGGUGGGUGGGUGGGUGGGAUGGAUCAGAGAGGGAAGGGAGGGCUCGGGCCAGAUUUCUUUAUCCCUUCAAGGGUUUGUUGGUUCGUAAAUUUGUGCCCCUCACCUGGGCUAGGGUCCGAUUCUUUGAUGGCUUCUCCAAGAGAUAACCCAUCAAGGAAACCUCCAAUUGUUGUACUCAUGAUAUUGAAAGAUCAAGCGCUUUACUGCAAUGAAUGUGGAGCAGAGCAAAAGAAUCAGCAAAAAGAAACUAAAGAACUUGGUUGCCAUGUUGGGAUUUGA